UCAUAAUUCUGAAGAUCAAAAAACAGAGUCAAUUUUGAAAUAAGCCGACCGCCUCCAAGAAUUUUUCCUCCUCUCAAAUUCAAAACAAGAUUAAAAACCCAUCUCUCAAAUCUUUUGUUCUUGCAAAUAUUCGACGUACAGUUGACAGGUUUUCGAGUUUUUUCUUCGUUGUUUUUGCUGUUUCUGGGAUGCUGCCCCUGUUUUUGUCUCAGCUCUGAGAUAGGAUUUCGUUGAAUUUUCAUCUCAGUUUUGUUCUUGUAAUUUUUUAAGGAUCCUGGAUUUUUACUAUGGUGAAUUGAAAGAUUUCGUUACCUUUGUGUUUCGCUUGGUUUGAACUGUCUGUCUGUAUGAUCUUCUGUCGAUCUUUUCCUUACAUGUAGUUGUUUGAAAUUCAAAUUGGUCAGAAUUGAACAGAAGUAUUUUGCUCAAAGAAAUCGUGUUCUGCGUUUCGUUGUUUGUGGGGUUUUGGUGAAAAAUUUAGACUUCGGGUCAGGAUUCUGUGUUUCUCUUCAGUUUCAAGAAUCAUGGGUGUUCAGAAAGACAGAGUGAGGUUCAAUGUUGGCGGCAGAGUCUUCGAGACGACAGCCACGACGCUGGCAAACGCCGGCCGGAACUCCCUCUUCGGAGCUAUGUUUGAUGAGAAUUGGGAUCUCCAGUCCAAUGCCGGCACCACGACGACUGAGCACUUCAUUGAUCGGAACCCGGAUUGCUUUGCUGUCCUUCUUGACCUCCUCAGGACUGGGGAGCUUUACAUUCCCUCAAAUGUUCCUGAAAAACUCCUAUACAGAGAGGCCCUGUUUUAUGGCCUCUUGGACCAUGUCAGGGCUGCCAAGUGGGGCCCAUUCGACGGGAACAUGCUCCUUCUAGCCCGGUCGAUACGGGGUCUAGCACCGGGAGAUGGGACGGCCAUCCGGGCCAGCCCCGAUGGCGGAUGCUGCGUGGCUCAUGGUAGUAUGGUCCACAUCUAUGAUUGGAUGCUGGAGGAGCACCAUCCUAUCAGUCUUGACUACCAGAGGGUGAACGAUGCCGUUUGGGUCAACUUAGAGAACAUUGUGAUCAGUGCUUGUGAGAGGUUAGGCAGAGAUGAAGGAGGCAUCGGGUUGUUUAGCUCGUUAACCGGAGAAUUAAGGUAUAAGUUCCGUGUCUCGCAUGAAAAUCAGGUGAAGAGCUAUACCGGUGGCGCUUUGAGCUUCAACUCGGACUAUAAGUUGUUUUCUAGUUGUAAAGGUAGGAGCAAUGAGUAUGGCAUUGGUGUAUGGGACCAAGUGACCGGAAAGCAGGUCGACUUUUUCUACGAGCCGGCUGGAUGGUCGCUUGGAGAGGCCGACAAGCUGCAAUGGCUACAUGGUACCAACUGUUUGUUGGUAGCAACAUUAUUUCCAAGGAAGGACAACUGUUACAUUAGUUUGUUGGAUUUUAGGGACAAAAGCAUGGUUUGGUUGUGGUCUGACAUUGGGGCGCCCUUAACGGACGAGCGAAGGGUUAGAGAUGCGAUAGCUAUGGAGGAAACUCAUUCUGUAUGCGUGGUGAAUGAGUACGAGGAUUUAGGGUUUAUGGACUUGAGACGUUCCGUUGGAUCAGUCCGUUGGAGCUCAAGAAGUCGACUGAUGAAGGGAAAAAUGGUUGAUGAGCCAUGCUACCCAAAACUGGCAUUGCACGAGGGGCAGCUAUUUUCAUCAAUGAAUGAUAGUAUAUCAGUGUUCUCCGGCCCUGAUUGGGUGUUGACGUCUAGGCUGAGAAACAGCUACGGUGGUUCCAUUUGUGAUUUCUCGAUAGGGGGUGAUAGGCUUUUCUCGUUACACAGUGAGGAAAAUGUCUUCAAUGUGUGGGAGACCCGACCUUCUCCGGUUAUGUGAUUCUUUGCAGGUUAACCCACGUGCGAUCGACAUAUUUUAGCUUGAUGGAUGACUGAGCUUAGAUCUGGAUGUUGAAAUUAAGGUUUCAAUGCCAGUAGGUUAUAGAACGAGUCGAGUGUUUGUCUGAAGUUUUGAGUGUUGUAUAGAUCUCAUAAUGACAUAAAAUUUAUUGCUUAACUACCAUAUGUUGAAACA